GAACACAAAGUAUCACCUCCAUUGGAUAUUCCUCAGGGUUAAAUCUGGACAAGUCGAUAACUGGACUGGAAGGCAGAGGUCCAAGAAUUGGGCUUUGAGGAGCCGAAGAGCUGUUGAAUACGACGCCAGCGCCCAUGGGAUGUUCUUCCGUUCUUCUGUAUCCGGUGCAGACGCAUUCAGAGCUAUUAUUUCCCUGGCCAGAUGUUUGGAUAAUGGAUAACAAGAUAACUGAAAACGAGACCCCCGAGGUUGCCAAGAAAGAUAACGAAGCAUGUAAGACGAUCGAACAAACUAAGGAGAGGAAAAAUAUGAAGGAAGAAAAGGCGAGAAAAAAGGAUGACAAGAGUGUGGAGCAGGUUUUGAAGGCGUUGAGUAGUCUGGAUACGGCAGAGGAAAAACUGGCGGCGAUGUGUAAAAAGUAUUCCGACAUUGUGGACGACAAUCGAAAGCUCCAGUUGGCGUUAAAACAGGCUGAGAAAAAGGUGGUGGUGAUACAACGGGAGAAGGAACAGUUUCAGAGCGAGCAUAGCAAGGCGAUAUUGACUCGAAGUAGGCUCGAAAGUUUGUGCAGAGAAUUGCAGAGGCAGAACAAGGCGGUCAAAGACGAAAGCUUGCUCAAGAUCAGGGAGGAGGAAGAAAAGCGAAAAGAAGUAUCUGCCAAAUUUCAGAGCACAUUGUCGGAGAUAACUGCCUUGAUGAGCCAGAAUAAUGAGAAGAACACAAAACUACACGAAGACAAUUUGGAGAUGACAAAAAAGUUUAAGUCCGUCUGCGAACAGUACGAAAUUCGCGAACAGCAGGUUGAAAAAAUGCAACAGCAGAUGAAACUCGAGGCCCAAUUGGCGGAGGCUAAAUUAGCCAAGGCUAAAAUGGAGAUGGCUGCUGAGAAGGAAGUACUUCUCAAAGAAAAGCAACAGCUUUUACUGAACCUAACGGAGUACCAAGUCAGGAUACGAGAACAUCAGGCAACAGAGGUCGGCCUUAGAGGGCAGAUUAGUAUGUACACAGAUAAGUACGACGAGUUCCAAAAUGCUCUUACUAAAAGUAACGAAGUCUUCGGUGGGUUCAAAGACGAAAUGGAGAAGAUGUCGAAGAAAAUAUUGAAGCUGGAGAAGGAGACGAGUUCGUGGAAACAGCGCUGGGAAAAUAGUCACGCGGCGCUUCUCGAGAUGGCAGCAGACAAGCAGCAAAGGGAUGCGGAGUUAGCUACUACGAGUAGAAAGCUGGCGCAGCUCCAGCAGCUUUGCAGAGCUCUCCAGGGUGAGAGAGCUUCGCUGUUGGCGCAGUUGAGGGGAAAAGACGCUGCGAGUGCGGGUCCGGAAGCGACGGACGAGGCUGUGAACGAGGAGAGCAUCAAGUCUAUAAAGCAGGUUGACGAUAUAUCGAAGGACUGUCAACAGUUGAAAGAGAAUCUCGUAUAUCUGCAAGGCUCUCUGGCAGAAGCGAUAAAGAAAGAAGAAGAAGAGAAACUGCAGAAGGCUGACAAGGAAGAAGCUCAACGCCAGAAACAGGAGCCAGAUGAACGACAAAAAGUGGUGAUAUUAAACACAAACGUUGAACAUUCGACGGAGUCGAAAUCCGAGAUAAACGACGAGGCACAGUUGAAAAACAAAGAGAACAACGUCGCGGCGUCGAGUCCUGCGGAAAUCGAGUCAGACGAAUCUAAAGUGGAAAAUGGUGAAACGAACGGCGGCUCUACAAUCAGCGUUGAAACGCCUCGUGAGAUAAACGGAGAAAACGAAUCAGCGACAGCUUUAAAUGAUUCUGUAACGAAUAAAAAUGCCAGUAUUGAAGGGCCGGUCGAACCAGCGGUUGAAGAUUCCUGUCCAGCGUUAAAGGACGAAGAUAAAUCAGCGGAAUCUGCCUGCCCAGGAACGAAGAAAGGAAAGGACGGUAAAAAGAAAAAGAAAUAGGCAUCGGUGAGCCGCGGAAUUUCGAUUAUUUUCAACCUCAUCGACGAGAAGAACUUACCCUAUAGUUAUACGCGUAUAUAAGUAUAGUUAUUAGCGACAAUACACGACUUAAAAAUCAAAACGGAUUAACAAUACGUAAAUUAUCACGAAAUAUUCACUUUCUUUAUACGACACGUAGUAUGCAUAUAGUACCUACAUUACAAACAUGGAGCAGAUAUUUAUUUAAAAUAAUUAUAUACAACACGUAGUUAUUAACGAAUGAUUUUUGUGCCUUCGAAUAAUCAUGCUCUACCAGACUUAUAUGUAAUAAUAUUUCAAUUUGUAAAUUAGGUACACCUAGGCACCUUAGCCUUUUAUAUAUAUACGAAGAAAAGAGUAUGAGAGAAAAAAAAAACAACAAAAAACAAAGGAAAUAACUUUUCUUACGACUUGUUAGUUCGAGUUAAUCGAUUCCGAAACGUCGCUGAAACCUGAUCAACUAGCGAAAUUCCUCAGUUUCCGAUGAAACCCCGUUUUCAUCGCUGUAAAAUCGUUGUAACAACUCUUACUCGUCGCAACGGUGUAAAUAGAAACCCUCGUAAAAUCUU